UAGAAUAUUGACGCAAACACGGGUAGACACGCCAAUGUUGACUCGGUUUCCAGCAGACCAAAGAAGCCUUUAAGUACCCGACCAUUUCUGCUCCAAUUGCACUCUUCAUAUCCAACUUGGCAUCAGCACCAUUCGUCGACUAUCCUCAGCUGAGGUUAGUGUGAUUGCCAGUCAUGGCUCGAAACCAACUGGGGGUACUUGAUGCGCUUGAUGUGGCCAAGACACAAUGGUAUCAUUUCACCGCAAUUGUGAUCGCCGGGAUGGGAUUCUUCACCGAUGCGUAUGAUCUCUUUAGUAUAUCUCUUGUCACCAAGUUACUCGGCCGGAUAUAUUACUUUAAUCCCGAUUCUGCCAAGCCCGGCACUUUGCCUCCCAGUAUCGCAGCUGCUGUUAAUGGUGUCGCACUGUGUGGCACUUUGGCCGGGCAGCUCUUCUUCGGGUGGCUUGGUGACAAGUUGGGACGGAAACGAGUCUACGGCAUAACUCUGGUCCUCAUGGUUGUUUGCUCCUUCGCCUCAGGGCUCUCGUUGGGCCACCAGCCCAAGGGCGUUAUGGCUACCCUCUGUUUCUUCCGGUUCUGGCUUGGGUUCGGCAUCGGCGGCGACUACCCGUUGUCUGCGACCAUCAUGUCUGAAUAUGCCAACAAGAAGACCCGUGGCGCGUUCAUUGCUGCGGUCUUCGCCAUGCAAGGAUUUGGGAUAUUGGUUGGAGGGAUCGUGGCCCUCAUCGUCUCGAGCGCAUUUGAUCAUGCAUACAAGUCUCCUCCGUACUCAGUCGAUAGGGCAGGCUCCACUGUUCCGGAAGCCGAUUACAUCUGGAGGAUCAUUCUGAUGUUCGGGGCAAUACCGGCCGCUAUGACCUACUACUGGCGAAUGAAGAUGCCUGAGACUGCUCGUUACACCGCCCUAGUGGCCAAGAAUGCGAAGCAGGCGGCAAACGACAUGUCUAAGGUGUUGAACGUUGACCUUGAGGCCGAGGAAGAGAAGGUGCAAAAGAUUGCAGAAGAGAGAUCCAACAACUUCGGCUUGUUCAGCAGAGAGUUCGCUCGCCGCCACGGGGUCCACCUUGUCGGGACCACCACCACUUGGUUCUUGUUGGACAUUGCUUACUACAGCUCCAAUCUCUUCCAGAAGGACAUCUUUAGCAAGGUGGGUUGGCUUCCCCCCGCAAAGGAAAUGAACGCAGUUCAUGAAGUCUUCCGCAUUGCCAGAGCGCAGACCUUGAUUGCGCUCUGCGGCACCGUCCCCGGAUACUGGUUUACGGUUGCUUUCAUUGAUCGCAUCGGAAGGUUUGCUAUCCAAUUAAUGGGCUUCUUCUUCAUGACCGUGUUCAUGUUCGCGCUCGCAAUCCCUUACCAUCACUGGACCCUGAAGCCAAACCACAUCGGCUUCGUUAUCAUGUACUCACUGACCUUCUUCUUUGCCAACUUCGGGCCCAAUGCCACAACGUUCGUCGUGCCGGCGGAGAUAUUCCCCGCGAGGCUCCGGUCAACUUGCCACGGCAUAUCAGCAGCGUGUGGAAAGGCAGGGGCAAUCGUUGGGGCCUUUGGGUUUUUGUAUGCUGCUCAGGGGAAAAAGGAGGCAGAUAGAGAUGCUGGUUACCCACCGGGCAUUGGAGUCAAGAACUCAUUGAUCAUGCUCGGCGUGAUCAACUUCUUCGGGAUUUUAUUCACUCUAUUAGUCCCUGAAUCAAAAGGAAAGUCGCUCGAGGAGCUCACGGGCGAAAAUGAGGACGAGCCCAGUCAGACAGAGCUGUCCGCUGCAAGAACAGUUCCAGAAUAAUUUCAACUCCCAAGUAACUUGGUGUCGAAGAACAAGAAGUAGAAAUCGAGUGCUGAAGAAACUUGCUGUGUUGCUGGAUUUUACCUAAUCAGCGUGCCUGAUGAAUAAGUCUAUUAGAGAAACUACAGUAUACAUUGAAGAAACAUUAGAGGGUGUGUAUAGAAAGUUCAUGUAAGGUAUAGGAGUGAGUUUAGUUUCCAUGUUUUAAUCUUUACCGCUCUACAUUUACUGUCCUAUGCCUACCUGAUGAGACAUUCCUGUAUCCUUUGACGUUUCUCCGUUUUUCAAUCCAAAUGAACCAGCAUCAGGAUUCAGUACUA